GUGUGUCUUCAGGCCGCCUCAGCUGCGUGGUACAGGAUUCGAGGUCUAGUUUUUUGAGAGCACAGACAUGAAGAGCCAAUCCACAGAGAGCUGGGGUUGACGUUGGCCUAAAACUUCUCAAACUGCACAUUUCUCUUCACACGUCUUCCGCUCUCUACGGGUUUUUGCAACCUCCUGCUUUGGUUUUCCCGUCGAAGGGAAGCACAGGAGUUAAAAUUUGAGGUUCAACACUCAGAAUGAAGACAAUCGUUUGGUUUGGGCUCGUGCUGUGCGCACUCCGCGCCGUGGGCAAAGUGAUCAUCAGUAACCCGGGGCAGAAGGUCACCAUCGAGUGUGGGAUCGAACCCUUCAACGACUACGUGGGGUGGCAUCACGGGACGGAGAUAAUAUUUAGCAGUCCUAAGAGAAGAGGCACCCCGCGCAAAGGCAAAUCUGAUAUAGUGUCGAGAUCGAGGCAAUCGGGAGAAAAAAAUCUGCAGAUCACAAACUUGAAGGUAGAAGACGCCGGAAAGUUCACUUGCGAAGUAGACCAUAAACGUCAAGAACACACACUGCUUGUGGUCUCAGUCUCGGCCCUCCCCUCCAGUGUACUCCAGGUGGGAAAUGAGGCUAGGCUGCUGUGUCGGUGCGGAGAUCUGAACUCAAACAUGGAGUGGAAGGGUCCAAACGGACAAACACACACUGACAUCGCUAGCCUUAAACCUGUAGCCCUCUCUGACGCUGGGACCUGGGAGUGUAAGAUAACCCAUGAAGAGGGGGUGCACACUGAGAGCCUCGUGAUCACAGUUAAAGAUCCCAAAGUAGCUACUCCAGCUCCUACCCAGGGCCCAGGGGGCGACCGGAAGUCAACACCCACCAAAGUGUCUGAUCCAAACAACGUUCCCCUAUCUCCGUUCGACCCCGCUCUGCUGCUGGGGCUCAGCUGGUGGGUGUGGGUUGCAAUCGGCGUGGGCUCCCUGAUCGUGUUGCUCCUGGUGGGCUUUGUCACUGUCUUGUACAAUCGGAUCAAAAGAAGGAGGAGACGAUAUCGAGAUAUGAAAAAUUGCCGCCUGCCACUGCAGCCCAAGCAGUACUGCAAGUGUGAGCGGCCAGCAGCUGCAGCAAAACCACAGCAAGGACGCCGGAGAGACAAGCCGACGCCACCCCCCCUGCAGGCACCGCUAGUGUAGGGACAUGAAAGGCAGAUGGAAGAAAAAGGCGAAGAAGUGAGAGCAAGGGGAAGAGAAGAACAGAUAGAGAUAAGCAGCGAGUGAAAGAGAACCCCAGUCUGAAUAUGGCAUGAAUGUAAAUGGGCUUUUGAAUGCUGAGAUGAAAAUGUAAUGAUGUGACUUGAGUUUCUUCACCAAAUAUAAUCAGUGAAGUGAAUGCAAAUGGACCCCUCCACUGCAGGGACUUGUUUUGGACUCUUAUGCAGCACAUUAACAUGUUAGAUAAUGUCCUUGAAUGAAUGAAGUUUCCCUUCUUGUGAUUCUGUGUAUUUGAUAUAUACUGUUCGUCUCUGUUUCUGUAGUUUGUAAAUAAAUAAAGAUUAGACUUUA